CAUACUACAUAUUCGUACCAAGUCCAACUUGAAAAUUGUCUGUUUGCUCCUGGUGCUCCUGUCUGCAAGGUUUGGAAUGAAACAAGCAAGGAGGAAGAGAUAUGUACUUUUACUUCUGGCCAACCUACCUGUGCAUUUUGGAAUGUAACAUCUAGUUCAUGGUCUUCAUCAGGAUGUAUGUUUGACAAUGUUUCUUCUACCCUGAAAACUACAGUGUGCAUUUGCAAUCAUUUAACAAACUUUGGAAUCAUGAUGGACUGGAAACAACAUGCUCCCACAGACAAUCCAUUUUUGAAUCUGAUCUCCACUGUCCUGCUCUUACUUUCCUGCUUUUGUUUGUUUCUGACGGAAGUCAUUCUUACAGUUCAAAGGUCUGUUGAGAGAAGCCCACUUAGGCGAAGCGUUGAAAGGCAUAGAAACUAUUGUCUCUUUAUAGCUCAGAUGUGUUUUAUGCUUCUUACAGGUGGAUACAAAAAUGUUUCGUGCACUUUAUGCCAGGUGUUUGGUGGAGUAAUUCAUUUUUUCUGGCUCACGGUCUUUGCUUGGACAGUUAUUGGAGGGUACCUGAUCUACAUUUGCCUAUUUCAAGUUUUUCUUCCAAAGUCAAUACCAAUGAUGAAGUUCUACCUUGUAGGUUACGGAAUACCUUCUUUUAUGGGUAAGAAGACUUUGUUAGUAUUUUUUUUAAAGAUUUUUGGUUUUGAUUUAAAAACUGCCAUGCAUAUCUUAGAAGAAACUUAA